GUCAAGCGAGCAGGUCUUGAUGACUCGCGGUAGCCACGAGAUGAGCAGCAGGGGUUACGACGACAGUAGCGACACCUUUAAGGUGAUCAAACGCACGUGCACCGGCCGUGUGCUGCUGGUGGCUGUGGCUGUGAUAGCGCUAGUGCUGGGGCUGAUCAUUGGACUGUUGUUGGGAGCCUUUGCAGUAGACCAUGAUGAUGAUGAUGCUAAGCGGGCACAGAGCUUCUACCAGUCCCUGCUACAGGAGGCUAACCCGGGGAUCGCAGACAGAAUCAUCUCCGGCAUAGAUGCUGGGAAUAUCCGGGAGAAUCUGAGGGUUCUUACAGAGCAGCCUCACAUCGCGGGCAGGAGGCGAGACUUUGAGCUUGUGGACAUGCUCAGGACUCGAUUCCAGGAAUCCGGAUUGCAUGUUCAGGUGACUCCGUAUGAUGUACUGCUGUCGUAUCCUAAUGACGACACGCCAAACUCUUUAAGGCUUCUUGACAACACAAGUACAGUCAUGUACGAUGCGGCGAGGGAUGAGAGCAACUUUUCAAAGGUCAAGGACGUGGUGCCACAGUUUCAUGCAUACUCUCCUAAAGGUCUGGUCGAGGUGGACAUUGCCACAAGGUAUGGGGCUGCUGGGGUCAUCAUGUUCCUUGACCCUGCUGACGUCACAGGAUACAACAUGGGGGACCCACGGGUCUACCCUGACACCUGGUGGCUACCCCCCUCGGGCUCUCAGCGCGGGACCGUCUUCACGGGGAGCGGAGACCCCCUGACCCCGGGCUUCGCAGCUAAUGAUCUUGCCUACAGAUAUACGGAAGAAACAGUUGUCCCCCCUAUGCCCCAGAUCCCAUCCAUUCCGGUUGGUUAUGGAGCAGCCGAGAACAUUAUGAGGGAGUUGACAGGAGACAAAGAAGUACCAUUAGAUUGGCAAGGUGGUCUCAACCUCACUUACAAGACAGGGCCUGGGUUUCUACAACCAGGCUGGAAAGUCCAGCUGAAUGUUACGUCAAGCAACCAGAGAGCUAAAGCUGAGAACGUUUUUGGAAUCAUCAGGGGCUCUGUAGAACCUGACCGCUAUGUUUUGUACGGCAACCACAGGGACGCCUGGAUCUAUGGGGCUGUUGAUCCAUCCUCUGGAACAGCUGUCAUGCUGGAACUAGCCAGAGUCAUGGGCGAUUUGGUACAGAAAGGUGUGUGGAAACCUCGGCGGUCUAUCAUCCUCUGCUCGUGGGGGGCUGAAGAAUAUGGCCUGCUGGGCUCCACCGAAUGGGUUGAGCAAUACGUGGCAACUCUGAGGGAAAGAGCCGUAGCUUACGUGAAUGUGGACAUUGCAGUAAGAGGAAACGACACAUUGUCAGCUGGCAGUACCCCUAUGAUGCAUGACAUCCUCUUUGAUGCCGCAAAAAAGGUUCCGAACCCAAACCCUGACGAAAUAGCUGCAGGCAGAAAAACAGUUUAUGAUACUUGGCUCAAAACGCUACCCUGGCCGAAUAUGGACGGCGGAAGUGCCGGGAUUCCCGGUGUUGGCAAUCUGGGCUCUGGCAGUGACUAUGCCCCUCUGCUCCAGAGGGCAGGAAUCACAGCGGUAGACAUCAGUUACGUCCAUGACCCUAAAAAGUACAACGUCACCGGCUACCCGAUCUAUCACACUGAGUACGAGACGUUCCAGAUCGUGGACACUCAGAUCGACAGAGGUUUUGAGAUUUAUUAGAGAAAGUGAUCGCAAACUUUUCGAAAGACGUCGAUGAUUUUGAGACAAGGCUGAAAUCUCUUGACAAAUCCCAUCCUUUUGCCUUACGAGUAGUGAAUGACCAGAUGCUCUUGCUGGAGAAGGCUUUUCUCGUUCCCGAUGGUCUUCCCACAAGGCCAUUGAAAAAACACCUGAUAUUCGCGGAGAACGCCAACGACGCGUAUGCCGGCAGCAGUUUCCCCGGCCUGGUGGACCUCUUGUUCCAGAUUGGGGACAACGCAGAGCGCUGGGAGCUGGUGAGACAACAUUUCUCCACCGUACUGCAGACGAUACAGUCGGCUGGUGCCACUCUUCGUGACGUCACCAGCUUCAUGCUGGAGACUCUGAUAUAAAGCGAAGCCGCGUACAAGGGUUGUGCGUUCCGGCUGGUGCUACUUUUAGUGACAUCACCAGUUUCAUGGUGGGGACUUUGAUUUAAGAUUUGUAUAUGUCUGGUGGUUGGGUUGUUGAGAUCGCAAACGAAACGUUUUAGUGGGCCCAGUUCGACUGCAGUUGUUAUCCUAUUUCGAUUCGAACCUCAAACAAUGGCAUGGCAAAUCAAGUUCAGAACCAACAAAGUCAAAUGACCGGUGGUUAUGAAAGAAUUGAGCAUCCUGAUGUCAACAAACACUGGACUUGUGUACCAAAGGGGAAAAAUUAUUAACAUGAAAGAACAAAGGAUCUUUUAGCUACCCCAGUAUCUAUAAUAAUACAUGUAUUCGCAUAUCCCUCAUUAUGCAAUAACCGAAUAAUGUGACAAUUUGUGAAAUCCAAUCCGGAGAUUCAAUAUAUAAUUUGUCCUGUUUAGGGCGUGCGUGUGUGUAUCGGUGUGUGUGUUUGUGUGUGUGUGUGUGUGUGUGUGUGUGUGUGUGUGUGUGUGUGUGUGUGUGUAUGUGUGUGAGUGUGAGUGAGAGAGACAGAGAAAGAGAGACAGAGAAAGAGAGACAGAGAAAGAGAGACAGAGAGAGAGAGAGGGGUGGAGAGGAGGAGGAGAAUAUUUUUUCUGUGUUCCUGAACGGCUCCUUCACAUGAACGUACUUAAAUUUGCUUCCAACUUUGAAACUUUCUUUGGGUUUUUUCAAGGCUUUACUUGUCAACAAUGUUGUAUGUUGAUUUUUUUUUUCCUUUCUGCAAAAUUUAAUUUUUCAACUGUCUUUAGAUAGUAGGGCAGGAGAACGAGAAUUAUUUUCAAGUUGACAGUUAGGGAGAUUAGUUAGGAAGAAGACGGUGGCGAUGGAUUGGACAUACUCUCAGGAAGUCAGGCAGCUGCAUACAAAAAAAUGUGUUGGAUUGGAAUCCAAAGGGCAAAAAAUCAAGGGGAAGAUCACGGGGGACCUGGAGAAGAAUCGCAGAAAAUGAUGGACAGAAAAGUGGGAAGACAUGGAUAACAUCAAGCGGGUAGCCAAGGAUAGAGAAAGGUGGAAAGUGUUUGUCCGUGGCCUAUAUCCUGGUGCAAGGUGAGAAAAGCAAUGAUGAUGAUGACAGUUAGGGAUCAGCUCUUAUGAAAUACAUAUACCUGUUGUAUUAAAAUUCAGUUCAUUUGUUUGUGAUAGAAAGGUGAAAUUUUGCUCCUAAAACGAAAAAAAAAAUAUUCAG